CUCCCUGCAAUUCCGCACCCCCCAUCCAUACUUGGCCUCUGUCUUUUAACACUGAAACCAACGAUGUGGAAAACAAUGUUACAUCCGGAAAUAUAGGAAGCGACGUCACAUACGGCGCUCCGGAUCCUAGCAUCAACGGAACGGCCGCUUCUUUCAACGGAGAAGAGAACUCCUUUGUAGACGUUCGCUUGGAAGAGACGUCAAUGGCUAUCUCCGAUUUUUCCCUCGGGAUGUAUAUAUUUAUGGAAAACACGGUUGAUGGGAUACUUUUUCAGUUCAAAGGCGACGCAUCUGCUCCAAAAAUCAGCACUAUUACAGCAUACGUGAAGACGGGCAACGUUGUGAUUGAUUUAGGCGAUUUUGGAAAUGCUACUUCUACCAACAUUAACUUGAACGCGAACAUGUGGUAUAAUAUUAUUGUUGUGCGUGAUAAAAGUAAGAACUCCAUUGAUGUUAUGAUUGACCGCACAGCAAAUAACAACAGCAGAUUAAAUUUCGGCAACAUAUCCAACAUUGACUUAAGCAUUCCCGGUACUUUGAGGCUUGGAAAAACAUUUGUGGAACCUUCUCCGGUUACGCCGUUGCAUGGCCGCAUCAUGUGUGUACAAGUCACUUUAGGAAAACUGAAACCGGAUGAAUUUUCAGACAGCUGCUACGACUACGAUAACAAAUGUAAUACGGACCCCAUCAUGCCCACGACAAGUACGACAACGACGACAGCAAUACCACAACCAACAACACAAAUAGCAGUAGCUUCUACAACAACAACACCGAUAUCAAUAACCAUGACAUCUACAACUCUUACUUCUACAUCAUCAACACCAGUACAAGCCACUUCACAAAUCUCACUUACAACAACCAGUGUUGAGGAGUCCACAGCAGAACCGAUAUCAAUAACCAUGACAUCUACAACUCUUGCUUCUACAUCAUCAACACCAGUACAAGCCACUUCGCAAAUCUCACUUACAACAACCAGUGUUGAGGAGUCCACAGCAGAACCGAUAUCAAUAACUAUGAUAUCUACAACUCUUGCUUCUACAUCAUCAACACCAGUACAAGCCACUUCGCAAAUCUCACUUACAACAACCAGUGUUGAGGAGUCCACAGCAGAACCGACAUCGAACAUCGUGACAUCUACAACUCCUGCUUCGUCAUUGUCAACACCUAUGACGUUUAUAGGUCAAGCAUUUGAAGUUCUCGAGAGAUGCGCUCAUUUCAAGGUAACUCAACGCAACGUGAUGUUCCAGGCGUAUGACGUUAUCGAUAAGGUGGUUGUUGACGACGCCAAAGCGUGUUCCCAGCACUGCAUCCGACGAGCCGACUGCACAGCUUUUGUGACGGUGCCCGACGUCGACGGGGUCGUCUGCUGGUUAGGUAGAGGAGAACAUUCCUCUGUGCCGAUGGGGUUCCCUUCGCUCUUAUUUACUCUGGAUUAGAAGAUUUUUUUAUCUUGCUGAUCCAAUAAAUAGACCAAAAGUGUGAACUUUUCAACUAUCAAUAAAUACUUAGAUGUGUUAAUGUUUGCAUUUGUGUAUGUAACCGAUUGUUAAAUUGUGCAAGUAAACAUUAUUGUGAUGCAUGUGUGAAUACCCAUCACGUUGUGUUAAUAUGUUUAAUCAAAUAUAACUAUAGUUGGACCCUGCGGCAACAGAUAUUCAAAAUGUGAUGAUGAAAAUCAGAAUUAUUGAAUAAGGACAAUUAGAACUGUCAAUUCCACACAGUCAUAAUUUGUUUAUAUGAGUGGAAUAUUUAUAUAUGUCAUCGUCUCUCAAGAAUUUGCUUUAAGGGCGUUAAUCUAUAUGGGUCAUUUUGUUUAUAUAUCAAUGUUAGCAAAAGAGAAAUCAGACAAGUGUGAAUGCACCAGGUCAAGCAAUUACAAAGACAAUAUUUCCUUAUUUAAAGUAUAAUUUAACGAGUGGAAUGCGUUCCGAAAAUCAUUUUACGCUUGAUGCAAUUUGAUUUUGUAUAAAAAAUGUCAAUAAGACUGUCCUGUGCAAACUUUGCUAGUUAUUCUAGUUAUUAAUUUACCCGUUUUACAGAAAAGUACGAUAAAUAUCCAGGCAUUUUCGUCUGCGUGUUAGGACGAGAAAAACAGUACGCUGUUUCAAUAGGGCUCUCGGCGCUCUUAUUUACUUUGGUUUUGAAGGUUCUGGUUUUGUUCUUCUCAAAUGAAUAGACCAAUAGUGAGUGCGUUGAAUCUGUGAAUAAAUACGUAGAGGUCUUUGGUAUAUUAUUGUUUGCAUGUGUGUAUUUAAUGGAUUGUUAUGUUGUCAAGUAAUAAAUAUUGUGAUGUA